CAGAAAAAUGGCAUAUGGAAACUAUUAGAAAAUGGAAAGACAUUCCACAUUAUUUUUUUCAGACGGUAAAAGGAGAAUAGAUUUCGUUUUGGUAUAUAAAAGUAAUUUACACGAAGGAGACAAACUGAACAAAUUUGAAACAUAUAUUGAAAAUCUACAGAAGAGUGGAUUGAACAUUGAAAUUGAGAAAUUCACGGUAGACCCCUCUGUUAGUUUCGUGAAAAUACAUGCGCCCGAAAGCUUUGUUGAUAGUUAUGCUGAUAUAUGCGAUGUUGAUUUGGCAUGCAGAAACCAAGAUUAUCGACCUCCUUAUAAAACUCCUCCGAAUUUUAUGGCUACGCCUCUGACUAGACCGAAAUCAGAAGACGAUAUUUCUCGUAGAGCAGAGUCCCCAAUAACCAGAAUACCCACUGCGGCAACAACAGCAGAAGUAAUAUUGAUUGUAUACAAACUUCUAACAAAAACGAAAUUCGGUACCAGUUAUGGGGAUUACGGAUUAUCGAAACUAAAGAAAGAAAACAUUCUGAUAGAUGCUUAUCCCUUGCACGAAGGUCCAUACGAAUGGACGGAAUAUGGGAAACUUUCAGAUAGGCAGCUUUUAGCCAAGUUUUGGGGAAACAGCAAAUGUUGGUACAAAGCACAGCCGUUGAACUUCAUCGACAAAUAUUUCGGCUCAGAAUUUGGUUUCUACUUUGCUUGGCUCGGCUAUUAUGUGAAAAUGUUGGGACCUAUGGCUGCACUCAGCAUCAUCUGCAUAACAUAUGGUGUUGUCACCAUAGAUACGAGUCAUAACGCCAGAAGUAAAGAGAUAUGCCAGAGCUCAUUGAUCAUGUGUCCAAGAUGCCAUUAUCAACGAUGCAAAUAUGAAAGGCUUAGAAGUUCCUGCAUGCAGUCCCAUUUGACGUACUUAUUCGACAAUCCGGCUACCAUAACAUUUGCGAUUAUAAUAUCGUUUUGGUCCACCGUUUUCAUGGAAUUUUGGCAAAGAUCAGAAGCUAUUUUACAGCUACAAUGGAAUGUGAAAUCACUGGAACAUGAUACUGUGAUGAGGCCUGAAUAUAUUGAAAAAUCUGACUCUGAGAGAUAUUCUCCGAUCUUACUUGCCAAAGAACCGCAUGUAUCAUUCAAGAGAAGAUGUGUUGGAUAUACGAUAACAAUUUUUUCAAUUUUUUUUUUGCUAUUUUUGAUGGUACUGGCAGCUCUGGGAGUGAUGGUAUACCGAAUCUCGGUAGAUUUUAUGCUGAUUCGAGACAGUACGGAUGAUAUAGUCAUAGGAAAUACCAGAAUGAUAGCAUCGGCGACCGGCGCUUGUAUGAAUGCCACCAUCAUUUUUAUAUUCAAAGCAGUAUUCAAAAAACUGUCUUUAUGGUUGACAGACUUGGAAAAUCACAGAACUCAACAUGCUUAUGAUAAUUCGUACAUAUACAAAAGUUAUUCCUUGGCUUUUGUCAAUAAUUAUGCUGCCGUUUUCUAUAUCGCUUUCUUCAAGGGUAGGUUCUUCACUCACCCAGGUGACAUGGGAAAAUGGACAUUUUUCGGAGGGUUGGGUGCCGAUAUAUGUGCCCCAACGGGAUGCAUUCUCGAUUUGAGCAUAUCACUGGUGAUCAUUAUGAUGUCGAAGAUGAUAGUGAACAAUUUCAUUCAAAUCAUACUUCCGAUCAUUAUCGGUGUUUUCAAUAUGCUUAAAGCGAAAGUGAUACGUACUGAAGGUCUGCCAUUAUAUGAGAUAGACUAUUUGAUGGCUCCCACAGAACAAUACUUCUUGGUGGACGAAUAUUUGGAUAUGGUGAUACAGUACGGAUUCGUAGUAUUUUUCGUUGCUGGGUUCCCGUUAGCACCUCUACUAGCCUUCCUCAAUAAUAUCCUCGAAAUACGUGUCGAUGCCUCUAAAGUAACUAAACAUUUCCGAAGACCGAUACCCAAUAGGGUUUCAGGACUAGGGGCAUGGUUUGGAAUACUGCAAGCGACCACUUACGUUGGAGUUGUUACCAACGCGUUGGUUAUAGCCUUCACCAGCAGUUUCGCCAAACAUGAAUUCUUCAAUAAAAGUAACCGGGGUGGAUCUGGAACAUUCCUUAAUACAUCUAUAUCAGCAUUUGCAGUUUCCGAUUUUGAAAUACUGCAACGAGAAAUGGUUGGAGCACCAAAAAUAUGUUAUUACCCUGGAAGAAGAUAUCCCCCUGAUCAUGUCAAUAAAUAUGAACCCAGCACCGACCAUUAUGUUCUGCUAGCAACCCGUUUAAGUGUAGUGUUUAUUUUCGAGCAUAUCGUCAUAUUUUUGAAGGGGAUUUUGGCUUACGCGAUCCCGGACGUCCCUACUGAAGUUACCAAAAAUCUUGCUAUACAAGACAAGAAGAAUAAAGAUAUGAGGAUGAAAGUACUCAACGAAGAAUACAUGAAAAAACGCAGAGAAUCUGGUUUGAUUGCAAGUUUCAAACCUAUCAAUAUAUCUUGAUUGUCUUUAAUACCCCAUUAUAGUGAAUACGUUUUCUAGUGUUUUCGAUUCUUUUUCUCCCGUAGAUGUUUUCAA